GGCCGGGGCAGGGGCUGGGGCAGGGGCUGGGGCGAGGAGCGGCUGAGGGGGAGACCGCGGGCUGCAGGAUCGCUGAGCAGGAGCAGAUAGGGGCGGGGGAGAGGGAGCCGGGAGACCAAGACAGCAAGAGGCAGAGGGGCAGAAGGAAAGAGCUGGGGACGCUGAGGGAGGAAAGGACAGACAGACAGACGGACAGAGAAGGAAGGGGAGACGCACAGGCAGCGGAGGAGACCGUGAGGAGCACAGGCAGGCGCACACCGAGAGCACUGGGGGUGCUGGCAGACCCUGGCUGCCGCGAGGACGGCGGCCUGCGUGGGCGUCCCAGUGGUCGCACCCUUGGGAGCCCUCGGGCGCGGGCUGCACACCGCCUUAGUCCAUGGCUGACUCCUGCCGGAACCUCACCUACGUGCAGGGCUCGGUAGGACCGGCCACCAGCACGGUGAUGUUCGUGGCCGGUGUGGUGGGCAACGGGCUGGCGCUGGGCAUCCUGGGCGCGCGGCGGCGGUCCCGCCCAUCGGCCUUCGCCGUGCUGGUCACGGGGCUGGCGGUGACGGACCUGCUGGGCACGUGCUUCCUGAGCCCGGCCGUGUUCGUGGCCUACGCUCGCAACAGCUCGCUGCUGGGCCUGGCCGGCGGGGGGCCCGCGCUGUGUGACGCCUUCGCCUUCGCCAUGACCUUUUUCGGCCUGGCCUCCAUGCUCAUCCUCUUCGCCAUGGCGGUGGAGCGCUGCCUGGCGCUCAGCCACCCCUACCUGUACGCCCAGCUGGACGGGCCACGCUGCGCCCGCCUGGCGCUGCCGGCCAUCUACGCCUUCUGCACGCUCUUCUGCGCGCUGCCCCUGCUGGGCCUGGGCCAGCACCAGCAGUACUGCCCGGGGAGCUGGUGCUUCAUCCGCCUGCGCUCCGCCGAGCCCGGCGGCUGCGCCUUCUCCCUGGCCUAUGCCGGCCUCGUGGCCUUGCUGGUGAGUGCCAUCGUCCUGUGCAACGGCUCCGUCACCCUCAGCCUCUGCCGGAUGUACCGCCAGCAGAGGCGCCACCAGGGCUUGCCGGUCCCCAGCUCCCGGACGCGCGAGGAUGAGGUUGACCACCUGAUCCUGCUGGCCCUCAUGACGGCCGUCAUGACCGUGUGCUCCCUGCCGCUCACGAUCCGCGGUUUCACCCAGGCCAUCGCCCCGGACAGCAGCGAGAUGGGAGACCUCCUCGCUUUCCGCUUCAGCGCCUUCAACCCCAUCGUGGACCCCUGGGUCUUCAUCCUCUUCCGCAAGGCCGUCUUCCGGCAGCUCAGGCUCUGGUUCUGCUGCCUUUGUCCUCGGCGUGCCCGAGGAGCCAGAAAACCCGGGGCGUGGCUGAUGCUGUGGAACCAGAACGUUGGCCCCGAAUUGCAGGGGUGGUCAGCUGCUAUUUCCCCUCCGUCAGGGUGGCCGUGGAGUCUGUGGGAGGAGAGAGCGUUACCCCAGAGCACGAAAGAACAGUUGUCUCAAAAUAGCCCACGGCCUGGCCCGCCGGCCCUGGCCCUGGGCUCCCCAUCCAUCUCACUGUCCAAAUAUUUAGAAAGUGGCCAAGUUCCCAGCGGCUUCUGGGUACUCAGGUUUGUGGAGGUUAGGAUUCCCGCUCUCAUCCACCACGGGGGUCUCAGCUGCCCACCCCGGUUCCCAGGGGAAGGCCCUGCCCUCUCCCAAGCCAGGAAUUCCCAGAAAGUUCCCUGCUUCCUGUUCCCCAUCGCUCUCGGGGUCCUGCGUCCCAAGGGGAGGUGGGAGGAAGGAGAGGCUGUUGCGUUGUAGGUGACCCUGGUGGACACGCGCCCGCUACCCAAGACACGCCAUAGCUUAACGGGCCAUGCGGUGUGACCCGCCAGUGAGGGGGGCUGGGGAGACGGCCGCCGAAGGGGUGGAGGUCGGGGGAUCCCGGGACCAGCCAAGAAGGCAGACCCCAGUCCUGCGUCUGUUCUUCGGGGCCUGGACAAAUUAUUGCCCUCCUUACAGAGCCUGACCUUAUCUCACUGCUCUUGGAGUCCUACAGAUUUCAUCCAUUCAUUUAACCAAUACGCAGCAGGUGCUGACUCCACCUGGUGUUGUCUCUGUGGGGUGCUUUCCAGCCAGCCCCACCUUCUCAGGGCUGGGAAUGCAGGGAGCCUGAGAAGGGAAGCAAGGUGCCGUGGAGAGGUGGGGGUGUGUGACCAGAAUGCCUCCCACCCCCGCCCCACACUGCCCGCCUCGGUUCCCCUUCCUCACCCCUGGCCUAGAACAGUGAAGCUGCACCCGGGGAAGGCCUACAGCAGCACCUGAGAGAGCUCAUCAGCCAGCUAGGGGCGAGCAUCAGUUCCUGCAUGCUAGGCACACCCUCCAGCCACUGGGCAGCCAUCAUCAGACCUUCUAGGGGUGGGCUGGAGUCCAGAACCGAGAGGGCAAUCACUGCCCUGGCUCAUCCAGCAGGGAGGAAGUGGAGCCAGUGUUGGCCGUGGAGCCGGAUGGUCUGAUCCCCUGCAGGGCCCAGCUUGCUGGCUGGAAGCCCCCACCCCUCUGUGCCUCUUUCUGACUAUAAUCUGGUGCUUAGCUUACAGGAUAGCUGGGAGGAUGAGAGAUUGCCUCUGAAAAUCGAUUUAGUACAGGGCUUGGAAGAAGGGCCGCGCUAGGUGUUACUAUUAUUGCCGUUAUUGUUGUUGCAGUUAUUAUCUGGGCAAACAUGAUCUGAAAACCAAGCAAAA